GAUCCUCCAUUGAGGAUAAUUACACCCGCCCCUCAAGAAACAGAAUUCAGAUAUUCUAAUUUUUUUUCUCAAUGUAUUUUAUCACUGGAUCCCCGUAACUACCCGAGGAUCCCCUCUGCGAGUUUUAUUUUCCUUUCCACCAAUGCUGCGUUUCCAUUCUUUUCCAGGAGAUAGGCCCCUUUAAAUAUUUUCUUUCCCCUCUGCAGGGAAUUUAUAAACGGGAUAUUGCUUUUUUGUUUUUUUUUUCUUUUUUCUUUCGAAGUGUGUUGGUUUUGUACCUUCCCCAUUGUGGUUACACUUGUAGGUGGGGAAAGGCUGAACUUUUUGGGUCUCAGAAGAGAGCUUAUUUCAAAGGAAAGGAAGGCCAAAUGUGGUGGGCGUUGUGGAAAUGUAUAGAUAGCCCUAAAGUGGAAACUAUUUAGGUUUUUUUUUUAUUGGUUUUCUUUUUUUUUUUUUUUAAAGAUUCUCAUUAGAAGACAUUCUGAGGUCUUUCUAAGUGGGAAAACAGACCAACCUUUUGAGAAGGUGGAAAAACCAGAAGUUUAAUCUUGGGCUUCAAAAAAUCAAAAACGUGGUUCCAUUGGCUUUACUUGAAUGCGGUUGACUUUGGAAAAGAAGCAAUGUUUAAACCCCAGUUCUAGGCCCUGGGAAUUUGAGUUGACUAAUUUGGCUGGAUUGGGCUUCCUUCAACCCUUUUGUAUUUGCUGUUGCCUUAUCCUGCUUGUCUCCAAAACUUCCUCUAAAGUCAUCUAUCGUGUUUCUGAGGCAGAAAAAGGAAGGUUGAAGCCAUCAUGCAGGCUACCUUGUGCAAAAUGUAGCCUUCUGCCUAGCUGGAACCAUGUCAGGUGCAGAGAACAAAGCCAGUGAAUUGUCUCAAGCCAUCAUCUCCGAUCUUGCCAGGAGUGGCGUUUGUGUCUGUCCUUGCAGGACCAGCCCCAGGCAGAAAGCUCCAGAUGGGCGUUUUCCAGCCUUGGGGCUGUUUGGCAUCCCGCUGCACUUGUUGCGUCCUUCACAACAUGUCGAAGGUGUGCCAGAGUUCCUAGUGGAGGCCUGUGAGCUCCUGAGACCCCAUCUCCACACCGAAGGCCUUGUCCGCAAGUGCGGUUCAACGACUCGGAUCAAAGCUUUGAAGGCCCGGCUGGACGCGGGGGAGCGGUGCCUGCACAUGGCGCUCCCGUGCGACGUGGCCACUCUCGUGAAGCUGUUUUUGAGGAGCCUCCCCGAACCCCUGAUCUCCGCCGAGUUGCAAGGACCCCUCUGCCAGGUGCAGCAACAAAGCCGAGAAGAUGACGACCGGGACUCGCGCACUCUGCUCCUCACCUGUCUGCUUCCCCCGAGCAACUCCAGCGUCCUCCGCUAUUUUAUGAGCUUCUUGCAGGAGGUUGUGGCCAGGUGUGCUCAGAACAAGAUGGACCUGGCUAACUUGGCCAUCAUCUUUGUGCCCAACCUCUUCUCGGGGGAGACGUCCAGCCAGGGGGGCAUCAGUAAGGCCGAAGAGCGCCUGCGGACUCAAGUGGCGGUCACUCAGCUGUUGAUCAGCCGUGCCUCGGAGAUUGGAACGAUUCCUGAGCCUCUGCGGGACAAAAUCCAUGCUGCCGUUUCAGACCUGGAAAGCAAAGGGCUGUGUCAGCGAGGGCAAGGAGAGGCUGCAGAGAGCUGCACCGCAGGGAGAAGAAGACGUCGGCGCAGCGUAAGCUAUAUGGUCAAUGAGGCCCUGAACAAAUUUAGGACCUGUCGAACUGUUUGCAUCACUCCUGACCUGGGAAUGAAACAGGAGCCUCAAGGUAGCCCAGUCCUGAAAAUAUCCUUCGGCUCCAAGCGGAAAGCAUCCGAGGAGGUGGUGGCAGUUACCGAGCUUUCUAUCAAAAAGAGGAGGUCAGAUUUGGGAAUAACCAGUUCAGACCCCUUUGAUGGAAACGGUGGGGCUUCGUUUGAUCAACCAGCUGACUUUACUUCGGUGCAAGGCAGCUCAGGAACUCCAACUGGGAAAGUUCAGCGGAAGCAGAGCAGCAGCAGGAAACGCCCUCGGAGGAAGUCCACUACUGCCUCCCGCAGCUUUUCACCCUCUCUCACUGAGAGGAAGCAAACAGGGCACAAAUCCUUCAACAUCUGCUCUGGCAACAGCAAAGACCAGCCCUCAUCCCAGCCACCCCACCCCCUCUCUGCCAAAGGAGCAGACCCCAGUGGAUGGUUCCCUCUGAAGAAGAGGAGGCAAGAAGCAGGAGACCUCACCAUGAUCCUACCGCAACGGGCUUGCCUGCAAUCCUACAAGGUCCAGGAAGAUCAUGGAGGUUCUCCAAGCUGCUCGCCCAGUGGAAACGCAAGCGCCCGCAUCUCCUUCAUCCCGAGGGCUUUCGCGGAGGUGAAAUCCAGAAGACCUGCAGAAGCAAGGCCCUAUUUUGAGGUGCUCAGUUCUCGGCCCUCGGGGCAGGAUGCGGGGACCCCACUUGGAAAGAGAGGGUGGUUGGCAAAGAUGGAGGCCCUGGCAGAGACGAGCAGACAAGGCAUCGCCCUCACCAUGUGCCACAAGGCCCUUCGGCGAUCUCUGAGCUGGCCGGAAGAGCUGUCGCUGAGGGACGCCACUGACGAAAGCAAUUUCUCUCCAGAGGAAGCUCCCAUUAGCCCAGGAGGGCAGGAGGACUUUGGUCCAGCUGAGCCAGCUCAACCUGGCAUGAAAGACGUCAUAUCUGGCAUGAAGCAACUCAGAGUCCAGCCGGUGUGCGUGGCACCAGCAGAAAACCUCAUGGCUACCAGUUCAGGAGACGAGUCGUGCAAUCUUUCUCCAAGGCUGUCUCCACCCAAGUCGGAAGUGCUGGAGACCGGUGGGAAUCUCACCGGUCAAGUCUCCCAAACGCCCGCCGGGCAAUUCGCCCUCAACUUCCAAGGGGCUCCAGUCCCCUCAAACGAAGAGCCUCAAAUCAGCAUCCUCACCUCUCCCAGACCCAAAUCUAGGCGCCGUUUCGGCCGGUCGGUGAGCCACGAAAGUGGCCUUCCCUUGCAGGGUGGCGUCUCCAAGGGAGGCGAGUCCAGGCCACCCCCCAAGAACCCCCUGCAGCAGCUCAAGGCUUGCGGCCGGCAAUUCUUCAUCGGCCACAAGCACAUCAGGAGCUCUUUGGCGGGGCUGUGGGGCCGAAAAGAGGGACACGGACCCCCAGCGGAUCCCCCGGACCAGCAGACCAGCCUCCUGUCUGAAGAUGACCAGCUGCCCCACAGCUGUUCACCCCCAAACCUGGCAGGGGGAGAUGUAGGUUAUGGUUAAUUCAAGAUGGUCCGAGAGGUCACCGUCCCAGUGGAAGCCAGACAUCCAUUCUGGGUAGGAGCUAUUGAUUUGUGUUUAGGGCUUAUCUAUUGGGCUUGAUUUGCCAUUCAUUGGAUCUAAAUUUCAACAGAAAUGGGUCUGUUGGGGGGGGGGGCAAGUCAAGGAGGUGGUGUGUGUGUGUGUGUGUGAAUCUCACCUGUCAUGUUUCCCUUAACGAGGUCAACCUGUUGAGAUGGGCAUUUGGAUCUGUUUUUCCCCCUGCAACUCUUGGUACUACCUCUUGCCUUCAUUAUUCACUUUAUCCCCCCCCCCCAAAUACGAAGUGCGACUGCAAGGCGCGGGGAAAGGGCUCCGGGUGCAGCGAGUGGAAAAACCUGCACAUUUCCGUUUGGCUGUGUCAGCUUUCCCCUUGCAGUUCACAGCUUCCCCUUUCUCCAGAUGAUGAAUCGCUGGAAGAGAAAUAAAAAUUCACUACCCCGUCAAA